UUGCCCUUGCAAUCCAUCCAGCAGAGAAACAUCUUUGAGAGUUUCCUUGAUCAGUAGAGUCUUUCACCUCCUUUGCUUUUGUGUAGGAAAGAUGGCUUACUCCAAGACUUUCCUUCUCGUUGGCCUUCUCUUUGCUGUUGUUCUCAUCCUGUCCUCUGAGGUUUCAGGUCGGGAGCUAGCUGAAACAGCCGAAACUCUGGUCAGCGUGGAAGAGGAGAAGCACGAUGGGUAUGGACACGGACACGGACACGGGCACGGGCACGGGCACGGAAAAGGACAUGGGCACGGAAAAGGACAUGGGCAUGGGAAACCUGGUCAUGGUGGCGCCGGUGAGGAUGUGGAAGACGAGACUGAGGGGGCUCAGAAUUAGAGUAAUCAAUCCUUAAUUAUGUGGGCCACGCAUGAUUAGGGUGCGUUUUAUGUAAGAUUAUGAAAGCGUAUAUGUCAAUAAGGCAUGUGGGCUAAGGGGUACUCCCUUAGACCAGCAUUGCUGCAGUUGUUAAAUAUGUAGGUCGGGGCUUGUAUCUUUUAUUUCUCUAUGUUUUUUAUGUGCUAAAUAAAGUAUGAUGAAUGUUGUCUGGGGGUCCUACCCUUUUUACGUUGCAUUAUUUACUUGGAAUUGCCCGGAAUUUGGAUUUGAAAGGGAAUUUUUUUUUUU